AGCAAUUCCGAGAGUCAUCCAUCCAUCAAUCCCUCCAUCUCCAUCUCCAUCUCCAUCCACAUCCACAUCCACAUCCAACAAACCUCGCGACGCCGCCGUUGUCGACGCAACAGCCUUGACCUACCAUUUUUUAUUUUUGACGUAUACUUUCUUCCAACCCAUCCUCUUUCCACAGUAGCAUAUCAAGAUUCGGUGUUUGUUACUUUAUUUUCUCUUUUAUUGGCGGGUAAAUCCCCGGUGUUCCCUUUCUUACUAUUACCAUUAGUAUUCCGAGUCGUAUUGUUUGCAUUAUUGUGCUAUUGUCACCGCUGAUUGAUUUGCUUUUUUUUCUUUCGACUCCUGCCUAAUUCUGCCCGACAACCCUUCCCCCUAUCUAACCUGCCGGAGUCUACCUCCUCCUGCGCACAUCCAACAUGUUCUCAGAAUAUGCCUCGAGGUUUUUAGCCCAGUCGCAGUCCCGAUUAUCCAACUUCGGCCAACCGGAUAACAAUGAACCCUCAAAUCGACAACCACCGGGGAUGUCAGGACGAUUCUCUCGGCAGCCUGCUCGGUCCUCGUACCAGACCCGACUUGGGAACCCUUAUCAGCCCGCGAACUCACGAUUCGGAGGUUUCUCGAGAUACAACGCUAUAUCCGACGCCCCGCUCUUCCAUAGUGCCCUGAACGAGUACCGAGAGGAUGAGGAUGACGACGAUGCGAGGGAAGCUGCGGAUCUUCGGGCUUUACAACGGUCUCGUCGGGUCUUUGUCUCGAGCCGGUUAGAGGAGAGCUCAGCGUCGGAAAACGAUGGGUUAGGUGCCUCUUCGGAACGCGAUGGGAACGAAUCCCACGAAAAUCUAUACUCCAGUGCUCGUCCCAUAGGCGGUAUUAAGAGCAGUUGGAAUGGUGAAUCGAGUUUUAAAGAUAGGCAUUCUAGACGGGAAUUGGGCAAAGAGCCAGAGGGGUUAGGCAGCCAUCAGAACAAGAGACAGAAUUCUGAGAGUGACGAGAGUGGAAAGAUGGUUGACAUUGGUUUGGAAUCGACGGUAAUGGACAAUCAAGUUCCGGAUGAUCUUCUACAGGAGACACCUACAGAUUCGUCACCACCCGCUUUCCAGCAGUUUAAGUCCGGUCCGAAGGGUGUAGCUGGGAGAAGAGGCUCGAAUUUAGAACAUGACCAACGGUUGAUGCGACAAGCUAUCGCGGAAGAGGAUGAGACGGAAGAAGAGGAGCGAGGCGGCGAAAUUCCUGCGCUGGCGCCUGCCCGAAUGUAUGGGGAAAUAUUUGUUCACGAUCAAUUUUUCGCCUGGAUCUAUCUCAUAGCUAUCGCAUCUCUAUUCGCCACCUUCGUGCUCGUAUGGUUGCACACCUCCGUCCCAGGCAGGAAGAUAGGAGACACUAUCUACACAACCCUACAUUCUUCAUUUUACCUCCUUGCCGUGGAUACGCUGGUGUCAAUCAUAGUGGCUUUAGUAUGGAUGGCAGCAUUAAGGUCUUUCGUACAGCCCUUAGCGCUUCUCAUCCUACUCGGUGUCCCGAUUGUCCUCUUCUCAUUCUCACUAUAUCCAAUGAUUUCCAGUUUCCAAGGGCCGGAUCACGGAUCCCGAUUACAAGAUGUGGUUAUGAGAUAUGCGGCUAUUAUUCCAGGUAUCUGCGCUAUUGUAUGGGUAUGGCUAUUAUACAAGGGACGUCACGAGAUACAAAGGGCAAUAGACAUACUAGACUUUUCGAGUCGAAUCCUCACUGCCAAUCCGGCGCUGGUGCUUCUCGGACUCGGUUCGUUAGGCUUUGUUGUCGGAUGGACCUGGAUAUGGUUAUGGAUGUUCACAAGGAUCUUCCUCGGCGGGUACUUUUCUAAGUCCCUUUCGGCCUUUGUGAUUGGCACUGCUACUUGGUGGCUAGCAGUCUUCUUUUUCCUCAUGUACGUCUGGACACUCUCCGUCAUGGGCGGAGUUGUUCGGGCCACUACCGGUGGUACCGUUUCAAAUUGGUAUUUCUUCCGAAAUAACCAGACCCCCGCUUCUUCAAAUGCGGUCGUCAAGGGUGCUCUGGGACAUUCAACGACCACAGUAUUCGGCACUAUCUGUGCCUCUACCCUCCUAUCCUUAGCGGUUCGGAUCCCUAUUUUAAUCUUGCCCCGCCGUAUCGCAAGUAUCUUCGAGUUUAUAGGAUGGCGAUUAGCUCCUCGCCCCGUAUCCGUCCUGACUAACCCGCUGGCGUUGACGUAUGCGUCAAUCCACUCGCUACCCCUGAUGGAGUCGGCUUCACAGCUGAGUAGGAUUCAGUUUCUCGCUACCGGACCUACUACUACACUUACACCGAGUGCAUUCUCUCGACGUGGACAAGCAUCGGCAUCAUUGAUGCCUUACCGAAUGGCAAAAAUGCUCCUCCACGCCGCACGAUUCGUUAUGUCAACGGCACUAGGGUUUGCGGCAUGGGUUAUGACUGCACGGCAGCUGCAGGUCCAACUCCCAGAUAGUUCCGGCAUCAGGGGAAGCGCUUAUGCGUACGUUGUUGGUUUGGUAGCUAGUAUGAUCGGUUGGGGUGUGUUAGGGGCCAUGGAAGGUAUUCUAUCAGGUAUCCUAGAUGGAGUUCUCAUAUGCUAUGCCAGUGAAAGGAGAUUGGGUAGUGAACGCGCGACAUACUGCAUCGAAGCAGCCAGAUUAUUCGAGGACAGGAGAUAUGAUGAGAGGGACAUGGUUUGAUGGAUGAAUGGAUGUUGUAUUUUGUGUUCCCGAUUGACUUACAUUACGCAUUGCACUUUUCAGCUUCGGCGUUUUCGCGUCUAGGCCGCCGCCAAAGACGGUGGAUAGGAGUCUCGAGAUUGGACAUGUUAGAAUAAGGCUACUUGAAAUUAUUUGUGUUUUUUUUCGACGCAUGAAUAGCAUGAUGCCACGUGGUGGUUUGCUUGGGAUAGAUGGUAGGGGAUUCAAUACACGUAGGGAAUUGACAGUCAGUGAGUUUUAAGAAUAGGGUAUUAGAUACGUUAGGGAUCGUAAAUAUGAACCCAUAUUUGAUUUUAGGCGGCUUUACCAUAUAAUUACACGACUUCGCGACAUUCUCAAACAAAUCAUCUAUACCAAACUCUAGCAUUAGUUAUCACCGUCAUGUUUCUUUGUGGUCACCCAAGUUCGAGAUUUAGGGGUUUUACAUACCUAGGUACCUACAAUGAGCUUCAUCCACAGACACGGCUUUGUUCUUCAAAUUGUUUAAAUACCAAUGCC